UUUAGACAACAAACAUGGCGGUAACGAUAAUGUAAUUUUUAUGUUUCAUGAGUUGCGCGACUCUUCGGUAGUCAAAAGAUCAAGGAGUGUUUUUGGACACACUGUUUAUAAUAUAUUUUACAUUUGUGGAUAGACUUGAUGUGUUGUAUUUUUUUAACUGCUGUUUCUACAAAUGGAGAUGGCAAGCCUUAAGUAACUUGAUGGCUUCUUAAAGAAUGUUUGCAGAUGUCUACAUAUUUUAAAAUAACUGGGGAGAAAAGGUCUUUCAGUUGAAGGGUUCACAGUUAAGCAGGAAGAUGGAGGAGCCUGUAUCAGACAAUUUUACAGGCAUUGCUCUGAGCAAGGACUCAUCACCUGCCACACCUGAAACAACUCCUUCCAGGAGGUCAUCUAGGAAAAAGCAGAGCACUUUUAGUAGUGACUUUGAGUACUACACCCCCAUUGGCCGAAAAAAUCAACCAAAGGAAGAAGAGAAAAAGGAGGAAAAAAAAACACCUCAGGUAGAAGAUCAAAGUAAUGAUGAGGUCAAAAAUGAGAAGGUUGAGACCAUUAAGAAGCCACGGGGGAGGCCCAAAGCUACUGCCAUGAAGAAAACUGACACAUCCAAAGAAGCUAAAACUAAAAGCGAUGAUGAAGAUGAAAAGCCCCUCAUUGCUAUCAAGGGUGUCAAAAGAAAGAAGCUAUUGCCCAAGUCUAAAAGUAAGAAAGUAAAGAAUGAAGAGGUGGAGAGUGAUGAAGAUAGUUCCGGUGAUGAUGAGGACUCUACCCCCAUCUCACAGCUUAAAGCUCAGAUGGAUAAGAAUAAUGACGAAGGGACAACACUUCCCCAGCCGCUGGUCCAAAAUCUGGUAAAGAAAUUUUUGUCCACUUCACCACUGAUUUCAAAGAUGGCUACGUCUCCCUUGGGGCAGAAAAGAAAAGCUGAAGAUGCUACUGCUACAGGGGCAACACCACCAAAAAAAGUUCAGCCUGUUAAAAAGAUCGAGAUGAGCAAAUCUCCAGUUGGUGAUAAAGCAAAAGUUUCAAAUGCUCAGCCAGGCUUAAUAAAAAAAUCUACUUCAGCAUCAGCCACUAAGACUUCUGCUUCAAAAUCUACUGAAAGGGACACUACUGCUGAAGAAAAGCAAAAACAGCUGAACGAAGGAGAUAGCAGUUCUGUAGGUCAAAGUAGUGUUAAUGAGAAAGUGGAUGCCAAAACAGAAAAUGUAGCACCAGUAGGGAAAAGCAAAAUUGUAGCUGUCAAGUCUGAGUCUAGCAAGACCAUCAAGAAAGAAGAAGCUAAACCUGUUGUCAAAACUGUUCCAAUGAAGAAAGGCUCUAACCAAAGUAAAACUGAGACUGCUGUCAAACCAUCUUUGGGUACACAAGUGGUCAAGAAGUUGUCUAACUUAAAGAGUCAGCUUGUCAAGGAAGGUUUAGUCAAAGAUGGAGAUGGUAAGGUCAAGCUAAUUAAGGCUCAGCCGUCAGCAGUUGUAGUUAAAAAGCCUCAAGAAGGAGCCAAAAUUGUAAUGUCUAGUCAGAAAAAAGUAUUAGUACCAAAAAUGGAAGAAUCAACAUCCAAAUCAAUACCCACUGUUAAAUUAUCCGGAGAUAGCAGCAAAGAUAAACUUGCUGCUCAGCCAAAACUGAAACCAGAUUCUGCAGGCACUAAGCACCCACACUUAAGCAUAACGAAAAAGCCCCAGAAGCCUGACCUGGGUCCUAGUGUUGACGAUCUGCUGAAGAGAGGAGUCAUUCAUAAGAAAAAGAGCCACCAGCCUUUUGGCAACAAGAAACCAUUUCCUAAACCUAUUAAUAAAGAUCCCAAAACAGAAGCUGGAAAGGAUAAACAAGAAGGUUUAAAAAAAAAGACGGCGACUCCAGAGAAGAAAACACAAGGUGAAGAAGAUAGGAGAAAAUCUGUUGAUGCCCCAAAAGUUCCCAGGAAUAGAACCUCCUCAGAUUCUGCUAAAGGAGAAAGAAGAAAAUCUGUUGAGGGGAAGAAGCUGGAGAGUGCAACCAAGCAGAGAAAAAGCUUGAGUGUGGAGGAUGACGAUAAGAAAAAGUUAAAUGACCCAGAUGGUCCCCCGCCUCUUAUUCCUGCCAAUGCACAGAGCAGGCAAAAAGUGAAGCACCACAAGCCAGAGCAUGAGGCCCCUGUGGACAUGACAAUGAUGGACCUGUUUAAACCUGAUGGGCUUAUCAUACAUGACCAGCAGAAGAAAGAGGAAGUAAGCAAUGACACUAAACCCCCUGCUCCUGAAGCUUCAGUAGCCACACCUCAAUCAAGGUCACAGUAUCCACAUGAGAUAGCAUCUUCUGAAACAUAUGUCAAGCCAGAAAACAUCCAUCAUGUUCUAAUGGAGCAUCAGUAUUCGAAGCCUUCGUCCCCGAUUUUGUCCAAAUUUGGUGAAAUGACUUCCUGUGAUGGGGAAAGUCUCAGAGAUGAUGACAUUGAGAGUGUUUCUCACAAGCACUCUGUCAUCAUUGAUGUCAACCUUCCAGAGCAGAUUUUGGAAGAGUCAGACAAGCCUCUUGUUCAUGAGAAUAGUGAGGAUGAAAACGAAUCCAUACCAGUUGUUAGUGAACCGCUGCCACAAGUUGCAGCAAAGCGUGACCCAGUGUUUCGCUCUAGCAUUCUUGAAAGUCUCGAUUAUGAACUGCGAGAGAGUGGCAAUGAGUUUAUUAUCGUUGGUCAAGUUGAGGUAGAUAGGUCAGUUCCUUUAAGUAUUCCUGAUACGUCUUCAUCCCCUGCUGCCUCAGUUCAACAGACAUCAAAUGUCUUAAAGUCAUCAGUGAGCAAAGAAUCCUCUCAAAACAAAAAAGACAGUGAAAAAAUCUCAGAAACCAAAAAGUUUAGUGAGGAUUCCAGUAAGUCAAGUUCAUCGAAAACUGUAAAAAAAGAGUCGAGUGAAAAACCGAAAGCUAAAAAGAAAAAGCUCGAACAAGCUGGCAGUGAAAAGGGGAAAGAUAAAGAUGAAGAGGAAAGUGAAGAUGAAGAAGAGGAUGGCUUUGAGGAUGAUGAAAAUGACCAAGACUGGGAACCCAAUGAUCCUGACACUUUAUACUGCAUUUGUAGGAAACCACAUAACAACAGGUUUAUGAUCUGUUGUGACAAGUGUGAGGAGUGGUACCACGGGACAUGCGUGGGUAUCUCAAGGGCGAGAGGCAAGGAGAUGGAAGAGAAAGAAGAGGAGUAUGUUUGUCCAGUGUGCUCAAAAAAUGGUGGUGUUUCAAAAAUUGAAAAAUCCUCAGCACCCGUUAAAGAGAACAAGGUUGCAGAAUCUCCCUCAAGUAAAUCCAAACUAACAAACAGAUGCAUUGGUCAUAAAUGUAGUAAGUCCCCUAGACCAGGUUCUGUCUACUGCAGUAAUGAGUGCAUCAUGAACCAUGCUCAAGAUUCUCUGAAAGCAAUCAGAGAGGACCAGUUGAGAUCUUCCAAGAGUAAAGAAAGGCAUCACUCUUCCAGUGAGAGUAGUAAAAGCUCAUCAUCGUCAAAGUCUUCAGACACAGUAGAGGUGAUAGAGAGACAGACUGGUAAAAUAGUGAAAGGGCCCAAUGCACCUACGCAGAAAGGACUGCAUCGCUGGCUUGAGCUCCACCCGUCCUAUGAAGUAUUGCUGCCCAAAAGGCACAAAAGCACACCCCAUAAAGAGGACAGAGACAAAGCUGAGAGGGAUAAAGACAGGUCAGAAAGGGAUCGGAAAUCUUCCACCGACAAAGACAGGAAGGGAGAGAGUGAGAAAGGACACAAAUCAAGACAUGACAGCAAAGAUGGAAAGAGGAUAGAAGAGCGCCGCAGUAGCUCUGCCUCACAGAGCUCUUCCAAGUCAGAUGAAAAGAAAUCAGAUGAGGGUCCUAACCAGAUAAGGCUCAAUGUCCGCACGGCCUUAAGAGACUCUCUCAGUGCAAGAGCGCAAGAAGCAGAUGAUAUAAUGAUGUCCAGCAGUGAAAUCAAAUCUCUUGCCUUGACUAUAGAAGAGGAGUUGUACUCCAUGUUCAAUGACACCGGUCACAAGUACAGGACCAAAUACAGAAGUCUCAUCUUCAAUAUAAAAGAUCAGAAAAACAAGGGGUUGUUUAGGAAAAUUCUCUCUGGUCGCAUUAAACCCAGCAAACUAGUACAGAUGAGUACAGAGGAACUGGCGUCCAGGGAGCUGGCCAAGUGGCGAGAACUGGAAAGCAAACAUCAACUAGAAAUCAUUCAAAAGACGGAGAUUGAAGCCAUGAAAGACAGCGCUGGCAGCAAGCAUGUCAGGAAAAAGACACACAAAGGAGAGGUGGAAGUGGAAGAUGAAGAUCUCAGCACACUGGAGACACGUGUUGAGGAAAAGAAAGAACCAGAGCCAGAGUCCCUGGAAGAGAGUACCCAGAUCCCUGUAAUAGACACCACUGACCAGCACCGGGCCCACCUGUUUGACCUGAACUGUAAAGUAUGCACCGGCAAGAUAGUACCAGGUCCUGAGGAGCAAGCUGCUGCGGCUGCUGCUGCUAAAGUUAGGAUUGCUCAGCAGCAGUCUCUGAAUGAGAAGGAAGAGGCACCGCUGGACAAGGAGGAUUAUCUCAAGGCAGAAGAGAUUGUUAAGGAAGCUCUGCGUACAAUGCAAAAAACAGAGCAGGAGGUGGCUUUGCUGCCCAAAAUGGUAUCCUCAUCCCCAAAAGCAGAUAGCACACCAUUGUCCCUCAGCCCGAAAACCACUCCCCGUAGAGAAUCUAGUUCCUCCACUUCUUCUGUGGCAUCUUCAGCUUCAAAGAAAGUAAUCGUAAGGUCUCCAGAUUCAGCAUUACAGUCUGGCCUGGAAUCUAAAUCUAAGUUUAUGCCAACUGGUCCCAUGCUUUGGAAAGGUGUUGUGUCUAUGCAAGAUGUGUCCAAGUUUUUUACCUCUGCCUAUCGUGUGUCUGGUCCAACUGAUCAUAUAACAUUGCCAGAAUCAAUCCAUAUUGUGGGAAGAAUCUCCCCUGAUCACAUGUGGGACUACUUGUCUAAAAUAAGGCAAGCUGGCUCUAAGGAUGUCACUGUGGUUAGGUUCAUUCCUGGUAGCGACGAUGAAAAGGUUGCAUAUGUUCACCUUUACUCCUACCUGAACAGUCGUGGUCGCUGCGGUGUGGCAGGCAACCCUAACAAGCAGGUCAAGGACUUUUAUGUGGUUCCUUUGGCCUCUCACAGCAAGAUACCUCGUACACUCUUACCCUUUGAUGGACCAGGGCUGGAGGAGAAUCGGCCUCACAUGCUCAUUGGCAUCCUUGUAAGGCAGCGUGGGAAACAUACCAAUGGUGGAGACACCAGUGACUCAAGCAGCACAGGGAGCAGCAAGACCACUACCACCUCCUCCUCUUCUUCAACUAGUGUUACUGUUACCACUAGCACCACUCGAACCACACCCGCAGCUAAGGUCAGUCGGGAUCCUCGCCUAGCAAAACUUGCUGCUACCAAGGAAGUUAGUCCCAAGUCCAGCCCCUCCAGUAGUGACAGCACCCCAAGCAGUGUAGCAGCAAAGCUACUGUCGGAAGAGUACCUCCCUGAAUACAUACCCACAUCUGUCAAAGUGAAAGGUUCUGCCCAGCCUGAAUACAUUCCCACACCCACUGUGAAAAAAAAAGAGAAACACAGCAAGGAGAAGAAGAAGGAAGACAAAACACCGCCCUCGGAAGAUUCUCCUUCAGGCAGCAAAGAGGACAAAGAAAAACGCAGGCACCACCACCACCAUCAUCAUCAUCAUCACCAUCACUACCACAAAAAGGAAGAAACGAAUAUGGAAGAUGAUUCAGAGCCAUACUCUCCUAGCAAGGAGGCAGAGCCUUAUUCACCUGGUCAAGAAGCUGCAGCCGAUGAGCCAUACGACCCUGAGGACAACAGCUUGAUGGACGACAGUGGUGUACCAAUAGUCUCCAGCACAACAGCUGCCACCCCUAGUGUGGCGACCCCUGCGACUUCAGCAGCAACCCAGGUGACAUCACUACCUAGCACUUCACAGCAGGUUUCUGGCCCCUUGGCAACUGAGGCUAGUGAUAAGAGUCAAAUAAUUUCUAGCCAACUGGACACGUUAUCACCUCUGUCUGUUAAAGAAAUUUCUCAUCUGAAUGAUGAGCUGGUUGAGAAAAUGGCACGCAGUAAUGACCCUCAGGAAAUAUCUUCCCUGAUGAUCAAAGCCCUGUCCAUGGCAAGCACACCACAGGACCAGCAGAAGCUUCUGGUGGAGUUGACCAAACAGGUUGAGGAGAGGAAGCUGAAGCUGGCUGAGGUUGCCAGAAAGGGGGCUCCCUUUGUGGGACCCAGAGGUGAGGAGAAAAGUGAGAUACCCACCUAUGUAGCAACUGGGGUCAAGGACAUUGAUACAAACAUAUCAAGCCUUUUUCAAACUUCUGAACUAGACACUAAAAAAAGUUCAAGUAAUGUGUUCACUGCUUUUUCAGAUUCUUCUGAUGUAUUCUCUGUAACAAAAUCACUGCCAUCAUCACUAUCUGGUACUGCAAACACUGCAGCAGGUUCAUCCAACACAGAUCCUCAUAUCACAAACUCUCUAAAUGAGGUCAUUGCCUCAACUGCCACAAAACCACCAGAAGCUGCAUUGUCAACACAAUCAUCUACUGAUAAAAACAUGACUGAGCAGAAAGAUUCUGCUGGUGGCAUCAAGUUUUCUUUUUUGAAAUCUCUUGCCAAACCCAUGGCUCCUGUGACAGCACUUUCUGUGGAAAUGGCAGAGUCCAAACCUAAGCUGACUCUACUAAAUGAAGACACAUCUUCUCAGCAGUCGUUUAACUCUGACAGCUCUGAGGCGACAGAGAGCACCCUCAAAGCGGGGUCAACAGCUUCUGCUGAAAUCCCAGAUGCUCUGAAGGCCCUCAUGAACGAUGUCAUGGGGAACACGCAGUUCUCAUCCCUGGAGCGCAGGAGUAAGAAACUGCUGAAAAAAGAAGCGGACAAGUCUGCCAGGGAGGAGCAGGAGAAAAAAGUGUUAGCUGACCAAGGUGAAGGUCAAAAAAGGCCAGAGGAAGAGUUAGAUGCCAAAAAGAUUUUGGACUGUUUGAAAAAGGCUGAGAAACUUGGCAGCACUGUUAGCUCUAGUGCCACUGGCAGUAACAAUGGUGGAUCAGAGGCUGACAAACCUCUAAUCACUGGGCCAACACCAACCAUUGAUGAACUCUUGGAAACUCUAAAGAAAGGAGGGUUGUUUUCUGUGCCGAAACCUGAGGGUGCUAUCCCAGCAGCCGCACUGCCACCAUCUGAUGCCAAUGCAAAUACACUUCUUGCUGGCAACCAGUCCACAGACAUGGUGACAUCAUCUGACUCGGCGUCAACCAUCACUGGUCUCCCUGGUAUGUUGCUUAACUUGCCUACAACUUCAGUUGACACAUCUCUUGAUGUUGAUCUCAGGCAGAGUGUGAUGAUGGUGCAGCCAUCAGUUGUUCCUUCAGCUGCUGAGUCAUCCACUGGCAGUGAUGUCAACUCUGAAGAAGCCACAAUAUUUGGAGACUAUGAUGCCAGAAUAACAUCCAGCAUUCAGGACCAAGAUGAAAGAUCCAUGUUUCAGGACAGAGACGAUCGUCUGUUUAGGGCUGGCCCUCCUCCUCCUCCUCCCAAACAUCCACUUGAUCCUCAUGCCUUUCCUCCACUUCCAGUAGAUCCGCAUAGCUUUGCACCAAGACCUCAUCCAGUACCCCCUCCACCCCAUGGCCCUCUUCAUCCGAGGUUUCCUCUUCCGCCCGGAGAGCCUCACAUCCCUUACCAUCCAACGCCCAGGACAGCUUUGAUGAGGCCGUCUGUGCCCAAAGGAAGGCUGCAGCCCCCUCCCCCUGGGACUGAAUUUGAAAAGCCUGCUGGUGUCAUGGGCAUAACUAAUGACUUUCCCCCAACAGAUGUGGAUUUGAGAGGAACCGGUAGGCAACCACAGCCCCCUAAUCAGCCCCCUCCUCCGCUGCCACCGCAACCCCCUCCUCCACUACCACCUUUGCCAGGAAACAGGGGAGCACAGUACCCAGGCCCCUCCCCUGGGGAUGUGGACUUUCGAAGUGGUCCUACUCACCACCAAGACUUUCGGGGCUACUCUAAUAGAGGCAGGCCUUUCCACAGGCAUUAGCAUAAUGUCUGUUGGUAUUACAUUAGUGUCGUGAGAUUCAUUUUCAGUGACUGGCUUGACUUGAUUAACAGACCAGUGAUUAAGUCAUAUUGCUGCUGGUGGUGUGUGCAAAACAAACGUCUGUGGGACUAAGUAUGUGUGAAUAUCUACAACUGUUUGUUCAUUUUGAAUAUUCAUUAUUACACUCUCAAUGAGAAGCACAAACAUUAUCAAAGCUUUUUGAGGGAAAUAACUCUUAGUGUUGUAGCUCAUGCCCCAUGUCUAUCCCCCAGCUUUAAGUGUACCCCCCCCCCCCCCCCCCCCCCAGCCUACCAGUUGUGUAGCUGCAAAACUUUUGCUGGUCAUAAGCUUGCUGGCACAUUGAAAAGAUAAAAAGUAUCGGUGCUUUAUAAAAGCUGAUAUAGCUGUGCGUGACCACUAGGAUGAUCUGAUUUAGUUGAAACUGUGUUUCUGUUAGAUUACCUGCUGAAACAGAUGACUCUCCUAUGACUGACUGGGUCAAUGUGUUUGCUGGAAAGAAAACUGCCACUGGUCUAAACAUUCAUCACCAGCCACCACUUAAUGUUGUUUUAUUUGUUUUUUUUUACAAUAAAACUUGUAUUAGUCUGUAUUUUAACAUGAUAGUGGUCAUUAACUCCUUUGGUUUAGUUGUAAAAUGAGUUCACCUUGUCGGUCACGUGACACACAGUGUCCAGAUCCUUCUCUGGUGCUGCCUUUCCAACUUUCAUCCGGACACACAUUAUCAUGAGACAAUGUAUGGAUAAAGAAUGAAUGUUUGGUUUCAUCCCAUGAUUUUUAUAACUUUGGUUGAAAUAUUUGGUGUAAGAGUUAAAACGUUGUGAUUGAGCUGAUUACUCAAUCUACUGAUUGUUCUUGUCUUGUCCACCUCUUUCUGGUAUAGAUUUAUUAUCAUUUGGGUGAAACUUUUCAAGACUCUGGAGGUUUGCACAACUUUUCAGAGGGACUUAACACUAGCUAAGACAUAUUUGUAUAAAAGUGUAUUAAAUUAUCACUUAACCAUAUUAGUAUUACCGAUGCAUCUGGGUUAGAAAAAAAAAAGACUUUGCUGUACCUGUUUCUUUCUUGUCAGAUACUUGAACUGUACUUAUUGGCACUGAGGAAGACAUGCAUUAGCCACUUCUCAGCCCAUACAUCCAGCAAAAGUGCUAAAAAUUAAUGUGUUCUAUUUUCCUUUUUAAUUAAGUUAACUUUUAUCUAUAUUAUAAUAUUUGGUUCCUUUUUAUCUGCUUGCACUAAGAGAUGUGGCACCUUGGGAUGUUUGAUUAAUGUCUGCCAAUACUCAGUAUGGCAUGAAGUCCCUCUGCUUUAAUGCAUGAAAGUACAUUCAAAGUAAUACUUUUUUUAAAAUUUUUGCUGACAUGUUAGUGUGGUCCUGUUUGAAGUGAAGAUUGACUCUCUUUGAAGCCAAUCUUCUAGUGCUAACUUUUUAUUGAAAACAUUGGGUUUGAUUUUUUAAUGAGAAGAAUCUGUUCCAAUUUUACCACUGGUCAUCAAUUGUCCUUGUAUUGUGACCAGUGACUUUUUUACUCUUUUUUUUUUUUUCUUUGUAAGUGUAACUUUUUUUUUCCCCCACUGUCAGUAUUGCCAACAUUUGUUAGGAAUGGUUGAAGAAGUUCAGUUGCAUGGAAUUGUGACCUCAUUAUUUCUCUUGGCCAGGUCUCUGCUCUGGCUUUUUUUUUUCACAAAUUUGUUUUUGUUACAUUUUUAUUUGUUCCUUUGUGAUGUUUCCAAUUCAGUCACAUGUUUUAGUCACUUGUUUAAUGUGUUUUCAAAAUUAACAUAAAAAAAAGUUUUUUGUUGAUGAUAGCAAACAUUAAAAUCCACUAAAACAAAAACAUCAAGAGACAUGCGUUGUUUAUGCAAUCAAUAGAGCUCAAGAAAAAAGAAGUGAUCUAUUGGUACUUAAGACAAUUAGUAAUGUGUAUUGCACAGUGUGUGUGUGUGUUUGUUUUAGUUUGUGAUGUAUGAUGCAUUGAACAAAUAGACAAUUAAAACUAGAAAUCUC